GGUUUUUUUAUCCGCAGGAUGACUCAGUGGUACCAGCUGCAGCAGCUCGAUUCCAAGUUUCUGGAACAAGUUCACCAGCUGUACGAUGAUAGCUUUCCCAUGGAAAUCCGGCAGUACCUGGCACAGUGGCUGGAGAACCAGGACUGGGAACAUGCAGCCAACAACGUAUCUUUUGCUACGGUGCUAUUCCAUGACCUGCUGUCACAGCUUGAUGAUCAAUUUAGUCGGUUUUUGAUAGAAAACAACUUUUUGCUGCAACACAACAUAAGGAAAAGCAAACGUAAUCUUCAGGAUCACUUCCAAGAAGACCCAAUACACAUGGCAAUGGUCAUCUACAACUGCCUGAAAGAGGAGAGGAAAAUACUGAGCAGCGCCCAGUUGUCAAAUCAGAUGGAAGUGGGGAGCGUACAGAAUACAGUGGUUGGAAUGCUGGACAAACAGAAGGAGCUGGAUGCAAAAGUUAAGGCUAUAAAGAACAGUGUUAUUGAUGUGGAACAGGACAUCAAGACAUUAGAGGAUGUGCAAGAUGAAUAUGACUUCAAGUGUAAAACUUUGCAGAACAGAGAGCAUGAACCCAACGGUGUGUCACAGGAGGAGUAUAAGAAGGAACAGAUGAAUCUUAAGAAGAUGUUUCUACUGCUUGACAUCAAGAGAAAGGAAGUGGUGAACAAGAUCAUACAGCUGUUGAACGCCACAGAGCACACUCAGAGCGCUCUUAUUAACGAGGAGCUGGUGGAGUGGAAGCACAGGCAGCAGACUGCAUGUAUUGGUGGGCCACCCAAUGCCUGCCUCGACCAGCUGCAGAACUGGUUCACCAUCGUUGCUGAAAGUCUACAGCAAGUUCGUCAGCAGCUCAAAAAGCUGGAGGAAUUGGAGCAGAAACUUACGUAUGACCCUGAUCCCAUCACAAAAAACAAGCAAGUUCUGCAGGACCGAACAUACAGUCUUUUCAAACAACUGAUCCAGAGCUCGUUUGUGGUGGAGAGGCAGCCUUGCAUGCCAACACAUCCUCAGAGGCCUUUAGUCCUAAAGACUGGAGUCCAGUUUACCGUGAAGUUGAGGUUGCUGGUGAAGCUGCAGGAGCUGAACUACAACUUGAAAGUCAAAGUUCUGUUUGAUAAAGAUGUAACUGAGAAGAACUCAGUCAAAGGGUUCAGAAAAUUUAACAUUUUGGGCACAAACACAAAAGUAAUGAACAUGGAAGAAUCUACUAAUGGAAGCCUAGCAGCAGAAUUCAGACACCUGCAAUUGAAAGAACAGAAAAAUGCAGGAAACAGAACAAAUGAGGGCCCUCUCAUUGUAACAGAAGAGCUUCACUCUUUGAGCUUUGAGACACAGCUGUGCCAACCUGGCUUGGUAAUAGAUCUAGAGACCACAUCUCUUCCCAUUAUUGUGAUCUCAAAUGUGAGCCAGCUUCCAAGUGGAUGGGCUUCCAUCUUAUGGUUCAACAUGCUCUCUACUGAUCCUAAGAACUUGUCCUUCUUUCUGAAUCCACCUUAUGCAAAGUGGUCCAAACUUUCUGAAGUUUUAAGCUGGCAGUUUUCUUCUGUGACAAAGAGAGGACUUAAUGCAGAUCAGUUGAGCAUGCUGGGAGAGAAGCUACUCGGGCCAACAAGUGGAGGAGCUCAUGAUGGCCUUAUUCCUUGGACAAGAUUCUGCAAGGAAAAUAUAAACGAUAAAAAUUUUCCCUUUUGGCUGUGGAUUGAAGGAAUUUUGGAGCUUAUUAAGAAGCAUCUCCUGUGUCUCUGGAAUGACGGCUGCAUCAUGGGUUUCAUCAGCAAAGAGAAAGAACGGGCUUUGUUGAAGGACCAGAGUCCAGGGACAUUUUUACUAAGAUUCAGUGAAAGCAGCAGAGAAGGAGCGAUCACAUUUACCUGGGUUGAAGGCUCGCAAAAUGAGCCCCAGUUCCACUCAGUGGAGCCGUACACCAAGAAGGAGCUCUGUGCUGUUACCUUCCCCGAUAUCAUCCGCAACUACAAAGUGAUGGCGGCCGAAAACAUCCCCGAGAACCCGCUGCGCUUUCUGUACCCGGAUAUCCCCAAGGACAACGCCUUCGGCAAGUACUACUCCCGCCCGAAGGAGGCUCCAGAGCCUAUGGAUUUGGAUGGGCCCAAGGGAAACGGCUACAUCAAGACUGAGUUAAUCUCCGUAUCUGAAGUGUGAGUUGGCACUAAAAUGCUGGAUUUCUAGGAACUUAAUGUAAUUUUGCA